AUGGCGUCAGCUACUGUCAGUUCGCGAGUAAGAUGGUCGCCCAUUCAACUUCCACAGCUUCAUGCCUCAAGAGUGAAGCAUUCUGUCAGAGUAUUUAUGCCCAAACCGGAGGCAAGAAGCAUUUCUACAGCAGCAGUCGGCGGAAACGAGAAGAUUAAACAGAGAAUAAUAGGGGUCCGGCUUGAUAGUACCAAGAUUUGUGUCAGUCAAAGGUUUCGCACCAGGAUUUUCUCCAAACAGAAUCCUGAAACAGGCGAGACGGAACAAGGCGACCUACCUGCGGCCUCGGACCCGGCCUCGCCAGCAGGCUCAGCAUCAGGCACGGUGCUAGGCUCGGUGUUGGACUCGGACCCGAGCCAGCGACGCAGUGUGCAGGUGACGUUCACGUGUGGGGCGUGUGGCGCCCGCACCUCACGGCUGGCCAACCCCCUGGCGCUCAAGAAGGGAACAGUUUUUGUGCAGUGUGGCGGCUGUGAGAAGUUUCAUCGGUUAGUGGAUAAUCUGGGUCUCAUUGUGGAGUACGAUUUCCGAAACGAGAGUGGAAGUGAGAGUGGAAGUGAGAGAGGCUAG